AUGGCUCAGUUGUCAGUGAUCCCGGGAUCGGCCGCGGCGUGGACAGGGCUCCUCACCGAGGGCGGCCGCAAGGAGACAGACAUGCGGGAAGCGGCGUCCCUGCGGCAGCAGCGCCGGAUGAAGCAGGCGGUGCAGUUCAUCCACAAGGACUCCGCCGACCUGCUGCCCCUGGACGGCCUCAAAAAGCUGGGCUCGUCCAAGGACACGCAACCUCAUAACAUUCUGCAGAGGCGCCUCAUGGAAACCAACCUGUCUAAGCUCCGAAGCAGUCGUGUCCCUUGGGCCUCUAAGACCAACAAAUUCAAUCAGGCUAAGUCUGAAGGGCUAAAGAAGUGUGAAGAUGAUGACAUGAUUUUAGUGUCUUGCCAGUGUGCUGGGAAGGACGUGAAAGCUUUGGUUGACACUGGCUGUCAAUAUAAUCUCAUCUCCUCAGCCUGUGUGGACAGAUUGGGACUAAAGGACCAUGUCAAAUCUCACAAGCAUGAAGGAGAGAAGCUUUCUCUACCACGGCAUCUCAAAGUAGUAGGCCAGAUUGAGCACCUAUUGAUUACAGUGGGUUCUCUCCGUCUGGAUUGCCCAGCAGCUGUGGUUGAUGAUAAUGAAAAAAGCUUGUCGCUUGGUCUCCAGACUCUUAGAUCCCUGAAGUGUAUCAUAAACUUGGACAAGCACCGGCUGAUUGUGGGCAAGGCAGACAAAGAAGAGAUCCCUUUUGUGGAGACAGUUUCUAUGAGUGAUGACAAGUGA